GAUUUCCAUGUCAUACAAGAUAUGUCUGAUCUUGCAGAAUCUGGCAGCCAAUUCGAAGAGAGAAUUGGCGAUGAAGAAGACAUAUCCAGGGAUUUCCAGUGGUUGGAUUUAUAUACCAACCAAACCCAUUAUAGGAACGUUGAAUGGCGUUCAAGUCCGAUACCAAGAACACGGACAAAUCAAAUUGGCCAAAAUUUGGUCUUGCAUGAAUACUCCGGUGGAGUUUCUUACAAUAAUGCCCAAUCAAAUACUGGGUCGAAUAAGUUCGGCAUUACUAAUGUCGACAUUUCCGAAAAUAUACAAUACGGAGAUUACUCCGAUUCGGAUGUUUAUGACCGGCUUCAACAACAACAGCCGGUAGUACCACAACAAGAAAGACCCGU